GUUUUUAUAUUGUAAGACAACUUAAAUGUGGAUGAAUUGCACAAGAAAAGGCUAACAUUUUUCAAACUUAACAAAAAUAUUUCUUUGAAAAAUAUUUGAGAUUCAAAGAUUAUGAGCCCAGUUACGUCAAAAAAUAAAUCCUGAAGAAAUGGAAUCCCCACGAGGUCUUCUAUUCGAAUACCUUGAAAUAAAUUUGUUCUUUUGCGAGCAAUACACGCAUACAAAACGCAGAGUGCAGACCCCUAAACCCCCUAAGGAUUUCGGAAAUUUCACAGGCGCGCUUUUUCGUUUGGUGGAGAAGGUAACUGAGGAUGUCGAUCGAUAGUUCUUGGGAUAUCGAGCAAUAUCGAAAUGAACAUGAGCCACCCGAACAUUGGGAGCUAUGUAAGAACUUCAUACUGGCACACAAGAAGGACUUUCCAGAAGAAAAACUUAUUUGUUUGGCUCAAGUUUUUGCAAACAUGGAGUUUCUUGGAUGCAGAUACCCACAGGAGACCAUGGACCUGGUGAAUGAGCUGGCUGCCGGUGUGGUAGAGGACUUCCGAGAGCAGAGGAAGUCAAAGAUACAGCGCACGUUCAUUGGCGCCGCGUCGGCCGCAGAAGCCAAGGUGAAGCGGAGCAAAACACUGCCGCCACCGCAACACAUCAAAUGACGAAC